UUUCUUUCUUCUUCUUGUUUUACCAAUGUCUUUCUUCAACACCAAUAUCGAUUCUAUUCUUUCCUCCUGUCAUUUACAACCAUCUUUGGAAUUAUCUCAAGUGGAUCUUCAAACUUAUGUAGAUCGUAUUACUGCCGAUGGAAGCUGGUGCAAUGAUUAUUAUCUUAAAACACAACAAGACGAGAACAAUAGUCAACAUGAAAAUAUUUAUAAGAUUUAUGCAGACACAUUGGACAACAUCUUCACCAAGGUCAUUCACUGCGACGCGUCUAUUCAACUAUCACUAGUAAAAGUAUUAUAUCAAACUUUGGUCUCACAAGAUAAAAACCACUUUGGAGAAUGUUUCAUGAAGAACCACGAUAUUACCUUACAAAAACUCCUCUCUGACCUACUUAUCACGAACCAUAAACCAGUAUCAGCUAGUGUGGAAAUGAAACGACUUGUACUUGAACUAUUGGAACGUAUACUUUGUGUGUGUAGACCUCUAGAAUCUUUAGCCUGGGUGAAUGAAAAACUCUACGAUUUGGAUUGGACCUCCUCUUCUGAUGAUAAUGAUCAAAAUGAUUUGUCCAAUAUGGUGAUGAUUUUUGUUACUACGAUUCAGGUUUAUGGAAAAUCAGUACUGGAAAAUAGUUUAGGGGAUAUCAAGAUAUAUAAUUACAUCACACCUCUAUUGACUUCAUGCGUAGAUGCUUUAUCUUUUGUGAAUACAAUGAUGCGACAAAGUAUACCAGCAAAUUUGGAACAUCAAAUGGAUUAUGUAACUAUUAUAAACAGUAUACUUGAUCUUGUUACAUAUUGUUACUCUAUUUCGUCUGAUACACAGCAACAAGAUCGUGAUGCUAUCUUCCAUAUAGCCAACUAUUUGGUAGUUCUUAUUUUUGACAAAUUUGUGUCAAAUGUAAACACAACGCUCAGCAGCACAUAUUACGAACAACACCAUAGGCGAUACAAGGUGAAGAAAAAAACAACCAGUGAAUCACCCAAUAAAAGUGAUCACAAUGUGAUAAUGGAUUGUGUAUCACGUUGCCUGACCUUAGUGGCUCAUAAUGGCUUGACAUUCGACAGAUUAUUACUUCUUCAACGACAAUAUGAUGAUGGAAUGAUUUUGGGAAAAAGUGAACUUCGUUUUCCUCUCAGCUACAAUGGUAUAAUGACGAUGAUGGCACUAUCUAUUUAUGAUCGGUAUAUGAACACAGAUCUAGCAAACCAAGAUCCACGGCGUUAUCUUUUCCCACUUUUGAUUGAUCCAGUUUGGAUUGGCCGCAACUGUCUUGGGAUGAUUAUAUCCUUAUUGCACAAUCCUCAAGAUGCUGGUAGGAUAGACAAAUCUCUUUUGAUACUUUUAUACUUGGCUGAUAAUGUGGAUAGUGAAACACUCUCAUUGUCAUUGGAUAUACUCGAUAAGGAGCUCCAAGGUCCCUUGAUCAAUGGUCAGAAAAUGACACUAGUAAAGGCAUUUCAGACUUUGACAUCCAUGACUUGUAUGGCGGACAAUGCAAAUUUUCGAUUUUUGGGACAUCAGUUACUGCAACGCUUCUUACAACUGGGUACAGACGAAAUUCGCCUUUUUGUUUUGACAGAACUACUUCAAAACUGCCCAUUUCCGACAAUGCAUACUGCAGCGAUUGGAUUACUGAAAGAUCAAGUAGAUCAAGCUCUUCGUCUGAAACAUGGAAACACGAUGUUCUGCUCAAGGGUUAUUCUAGACAAGUUUUUCCCUAUCAUAUACCAGGUUGAUAACAACAAGGACAACGAUAAUGACACUGACAAAGAGAAAGAAAUAUUCUGGGACAAGUAUAAUUACCAUAUGCAAGCAUUGAACUUUUAUUAUUACUUGAUGAUGGCUGAUGAAAAGGAAAAUUAUACCUGCGUUUGGGAUCAACAACAAAUAGAAUGGUUGAAGACAAAUUAUCUUAAUCCAUUGGAACAAAAGGUGAUCCAAUUAUACUCAUUAUGUCAACAAGAUGAUGAUAACGAUUCAUUGGUCAAAUGUAUGCAACUGGAUAUGAUGAAGGAUAUAAUGGAAAAGAUUACAAACAAAACGCAAAGCAAACAAAUCUCUUCUAGUUAGAAUCAAUGAUAGUAUACCG